UUCGGUGCCCUAGGCGCGCGAGCCGGCAGCAUCCGGAAUGCGGCCCCUGCAGGUGUGGGGUUCCACGUGGGAGCACUGCCUUCGCUGAAAAGAGCUUGCAUCUGAGCCCCCGCACCGCAGGAACGAGCCAGGCUCCUGAGAAUGAGAUCGUUGAAGGCGUCUUGGGCAACCGAAACCCAUCCCGAGAAGCGGUCAUAUAACCCGAGAGCUCCUCCUCUUAACUAGAACUUUAGGACAGAGAUCGGCAAAGUCUGAGGAAAUGGGCACGGCUUAGAGCUGCCGGCGGCUGCGGAAUUUACUUAGCUUCUUGGUUUUUUGGGGGGAAGACUUGGCUUGUUUAAUCGAAAGCCCUGUGGAGAGAGAUGAAGAUGGUGACAGAAAAUGCGUCACCUCUCACCUCAUGGAGGGAGUGCUAGUGGAAGGGUUGACUGAAGAAGCGUCAGAGGCAGGAGCUGGGUAACUUUUUCCCUGCAGUCUUGCUGGACUUGAUUUUCAUGGCUUUUUCUCUUUCUCUAACUCUGCCUUUCCAGGAAUCCAUCCCCACUGGGAGUAAGAAAUGACCAAGGUCCGGGAACCAGUUACAUUCAAGGAUGCCUCUGUGGCCUUCACCGAGGAGAAGUGAGGCCACCUGGACUCUGCUCCCAGGAAGCUGUGCAGAGCUGUAAUGCUGGGAACUACAGGAACUUGGUCUUGGAGACUUGAAUGAAAAUUCUGUGGAGAAUCUUCAGCAGAAAGCACUUCAGGAUCUGUUACAUGAGCUUUCCUCCUGGCUAGUUUUGGAAGGCAUGGCCAGUACAAUUAGUGGAAGUCAGGAUUGUAUCGUGAAUCAUCAAGGGGAAGUGGAUGGGGAGCCUGAACAAGACCUUUCCCCUUGUCAACAGUGGGGAGAAGCAUCUUCUUGUAUUUCCAGAAACAGGGACAGUGUGAUGACUCUUCAAAGUGAUUAUUUCAAAAACAGUGAAAGUGAAACAUAUUUGCCUUUGAAAGUCCCAAGCCAAAUAGACACACAAUACUCUUCAGUGAAGUUCUGUAAGAAUGAGCCUCAGGAUCAUCAGGAAAGCAAACAUCUCUUUGUAACGGAAGAAAGCACUAAGAGAAAAGUGAUAAAGGGGGAAAGUUUUUCAGAGAACCUUCAAGUUAAAAUGGUGUCUGAUGGAAAAGAACUGGCCUUGCCAUUGUUAAAUGGUGAGGCAACUUGCCAGAAUGGCCAAUUAAAAGAAUCUUUGGAUCCCAUUAACUGUAACUGCAGAGACAUUUAUGGAUGGAAAUCACAGGUGGUCAGUUGUAGUCAGCAGAGAGCUCAUACAGAGGAGAAACCCUGUGACCAUAAUAACUGUGGGAAAAUACUUAACACCAGCCCAGAUGGUCAUCCAUAUGAGAAAAUCCACACUGCAGAGAAACAAUAUGAAUGUGGUCAGUGUGGUAAGAACUUCAGUCAAAGCUCAGAACUACUACUUCAUCAGAGAGACCACACAGAAGAAAAACCCUACAAAUGUGAACAGUGUGGGAAGGGCUUCACAAGGAGCUCGAGUCUGCUUAUCCAUCAGGCAGUCCACACAGAUGAGAAGCCUUACAAGUGUGACAAGUGUGGGAAGGGCUUCACCAGGAGCUCAAGUCUGCUCAUCCAUCAUGCUGUCCAUACAGGCGAGAAACCUUAUAAAUGUGACAAGUGUGGGAAGGGCUUUAGUCAGAGCUCCAAACUACAUAUCCACCAGCGAGUCCACACUGGAGAAAAGCCCUAUGAGUGUGGGGAGUGCGGUAUGAGCUUCAGUCAGCGCUCAAACCUGCACAUCCACCAGCGAGUACACACAGGAGAGAGGCCCUACAAGUGUGGUGAGUGUGGGAAGGGCUUCAGUCAGAGCUCGAACCUUCACAUUCACCGGUGCAUCCACACGGGAGAGAAGCCUUACCAAUGCUAUGAGUGUGGGAAGGGUUUCAGCCAGAGCUCGGAUCUUCGCAUCCAUCUCAGAGUCCACACUGGGGAGAAGCCCUAUCACUGUGGCAAGUGUGGGAAGGGAUUUAGCCAGAGUUCCAAACUCCUCAUCCACCAGAGAGUACACACUGGAGAGAAGCCCUAUGAGUGCAGCAAGUGUGGGAAGGGCUUCAGCCAGAGCUCCAACCUUCACAUCCACCAGCGGGUUCAUAAGAAAGAUCCUCGCUAAGUGACAUUUGCCCGUUCAGGUCUUCACAGCACUCAUACUGUAAAAACUGUUAAAUAUUUAGUAUCACUCUUACCUUUAUAUUCUACAAAGGAGAGAGAUGUAAGGAUUAUUUAGAUGUGUUUCCUCACUGAAAAAUCAUUCAUUCAAAGUAUUUAAGUAUCAAGCACUUUUUUAUGCUGUACAAUGAAUGGAUUGUUCUUAUUUCUCAGAUGGGUAGAGUAAAAGUGUCUGUACUUUACAGUUCAACUACAUGUUCUACCCAGCAUUUUAAUGGCAAGAACUUUAUAUUUAUUCUCAAGCAGGGCAUGUUUUCCUUUGUUCACAUUCUCUGAGAAAUUGAAACUCUGUUUUCUCUUCAAA